GCUGCUCUUGUGCAACCAACACCACCACCACCUCCUCCAUUGAUUCACAGACUUCACAUUCCCCCACAAGCAGCCCAUCAGCUUCCACAGUGAUCAGAGUAAUAACAACAGUAGCCUGUGAUCACACAGGAGGAGAUACCCGGCGCUGCUCGUCCUCCGCGGGAUACUUGGAUACAGCAACAGGAUCCAUCCCUGCGCCUCUCUCCUCUUUUUUCACUGAUCCACACCUGUGUUUUCCACUUUUGAGAACACCCGCUGUGUUUUUUUUCAGAGUAACUACUUGGAUACCUGCGAGUUGUCCUUUUUAUAAAUGUCGGACUGACUAUAACUGCUAUGACAGGGAAACUAGCGGAGAAGCUCCCUCUUACGAUGAGCAGCUUAAUAAACACGAUCCCUGACAGUCUCUACCCAGAAGAGGACAUCCCGACGUCUAUGAAUAUUUUCACCAGUACGGAAUCUAUUAACCACUAUUCACAGAUGAAUACAGAUAACAUCAUGGAUCUGGGCAUGGGAGGCGAGAAAGCAUCCGCAGACAUUCAGUAUGGAUCCAGCUUCCAGUCCAACCGCAGCGGGCAGACUGUCACCUAUCUGGGGAAGUUUGCCUUUGACACUCCUCCGUCAGGGGGCCUCGGGGGCUCCGGGUGGUGCUCUGAUAACAACAUCAUCAGUCUUGUCAGCGCGGGGAUCCUGGGCGUCUCUCCAUCACCCGGCACGGUCACGUCGCAGACAUCGUCCUCCGCAGCCAGCAUGGGCGGACAGACGUCAGACAUGGAUCAGGUGUACGGUCCUCCGCUGCCUGCCUACUCCACCUGCGGCGACCUGUACCAGGACCAGGUCUCCUUCCACCACAGCCCGGCCACCAGCAGCGGACUCGCCUACCCGGGCAAUGACUACCACUCCACAUCCAAAGCCUCCAUGGAUGGCAGCCUUUUCUCCAUGAUCCCCGACUACAACCUUUUCCACCAUCAGGGGGAUGUUGGCGUGAUGGAGCACAAGCCCUUCCAGAGCAUGGACCCCAUCCGAGUCAACCCUCCUCCCAUCACACCCCUGGAGACCAUCAGGGCGUUCAAAGACAAGCAGCAGAUGCACCCAGGUUUCCACGGGGGGCAACAGCACCCUCCUCAGCACCACCCACCCCCACAGACUCUCACCCUCAAACCCAUACGACCUCGGAAGUACCCCAACCGUCCCAGCAAGACCCCUGUCCACGAGCGGCCGCACGCCUGCCCGGCGGAGAACUGUGACAGACGCUUCUCACGCUCAGACGAGCUCACACGUCACCUUCGCAUCCACACAGGUCACAAACCCUUCCAGUGCCGAAUAUGCAUGCGCUCCUUCAGCCGGAGCGACCACCUGACCACACACAUCCGCACACACACCGGCGAGAAGCCCUUCUCCUGUGAGUUCUGUGGACGCAAGUUUGCCAGGAGUGACGAGAGAAAGAGACACUCAAAGGUUCACCUGAAACAGAAGGACAAGAAGCCGGCUGACAAGAGCAGUGGGGCGGCUGGGAGCCACAGCUCGCCCCCCAGCUCCUGUGGGGGGCCGACAGGGGGAACGUCAUGACCGUCACUACACACACUUGGACUGGACCCUCACCAUGCCCCAUAAAGAGACUUGGGAAGACGGGAUCACGUCCACUAUGAGAUAAAUAGGUGACUCUUUUACUCUCUUUUACAUCCCCCGCUCUUAUUUCCAUAGUUCCUUCUAUUUUGAGAUGGAUGACUUUUAGUUUAAGAAAAAAAGGAGAAAGGCUGCUACACCCUUCUCUUUCAGCUACUGUAACACAAAGAAGGGCCCCUUGGCACAUUCUGUCCACAAGGCCACUUCAUAUAGGUUUGUGGGCUGGAUACACUUUUGUCAAUUUUACUGAGAAUUUCUAAAUUGAAAGGAAGCCAAGGGUCAAAAAACUAAAUUACAAUGGAGCUUAUUUAAAGGGUGAGUUGUCUGGGAUGUAUGCAUUUAUUUUAUUAGGCUGUUUUAAAAAAGUGCAAUUGGUUAUAUUUGUGUACUGUCAUGGAUACCUUAUUAGUGGCACUUGACGGUCUUUUUGUUGUAUUUUGUUGAGGUGUCGUGUUUUUUUAUUUUCUAUUUGAAUGUUGUUUUCUCAAAAGAAUGUGCCAAAUGUAUUGUGGUGACACAGCCAACCUUGUUUUUUUUAUUAUUGUGCCUGACAUCUGCCAAACAUAACAGUGAUAUCAGCUUAGCACACAUGUUGAUUUAACGGAAAGAUCAGAUUCAAAUAGAUUUACCUGCACAAAUUGGUUAAGUCUACAUAAUGACUGAAUGGGUUACACAAAGCAAACCGAUGUCUUGUCUUGUUACUUGUACUUAUAAAACAAACAUGCCUGCAGCAAUCAAUGCCUCUGCCAAUACUUUAUUUAUUUGUAGUCACUGAGAGACACUGUGUAUUUGUGUUGCCUUUUUUUAUACGGUGGCUUUAUGUGGCGUUACCAGAUAUCAUUUUUUUUUUAAAAAGCUCACCAAUACUGUUCAUUUUUCUUGAGUUCUGCAAUUAUAUGCAAUAUAUUCAUUACAUGUGCCACCAACCCGUAAAUCAGAUGAACCAAGAGCACAGUUUGACAGACUGAACUAUUUAAAUAAAUAACACUGGGUUGUAAACCAGCAGUAUAUCAAAGCAAAGAGGAAUGAAGGAUUCACGGUGUAAAAAAGACUAAACUACUUGGUAUAAAUCACCUAAAUCUGACCAGCAUAUGGUAAGUGAAAAAUGAAAAUGUCCAUAUCCAUGUUUACAUCUUUUUAAUACAGAGAGACUGAGUUGUGACUUAGGGACUUGUUGUUUUUGUACAGUAUACACACAUGUAUGCAGGUAGCUAUACAGUAGAAUUUUCAGUUUUGUACUCAAAUGUCAAAUGCACCAUAACUCAGUAUUAAAUUGUGCAUAUAUGUGCAUGCCUUCAUGCACACUAUGUAAAUACAAAUGACUGCAUAAACAAGAACUCUCAAUUGA